GGUCGUUACGUCCGCUAGAUGGCAGCCAACGUCAAGACGUCACGAGAACGUCACCGCUAAACCAGGAAGCAGUAGGCAGUACGUGGCCUUUUCCUCUUGCAGCUACAGGAGCAGGAGCAGCGCUUCAUCACAAAAAUGGAACUCGAGGCCAUGACCAGGUAUACCAGCCCGGUGAACCCGGCUGUGUUCCCUCACCUCACCGUGGUCCUGCUGGCCAUUGGGAUGUUCUUCACUGCCUGGUUCUUUGUCUAUGAGGUGACGUCGACAAAAUACACCAGGGACGUGUACAAAGAGCUGCUGAUCUCUCUUGUGGCUUCACUCUUCAUGGGUUUUGGUGUGCUAUUCUUACUGCUUUGGGUUGGCAUCUAUGUAUGAAGUUUCAAGUGACCAUGUGAAAGAAGACAAACAUUCCAGUGGAGCAGAUCACAUCACAUGCGACAGGAACUGGAUUUUGGAUUUGAUUGGACUGCACUGACAAUAUUUUGGGAUCAUGUGGACUGGGUUCUUUUCACUAGUAAAGAGGAAUUUAUAAAA